AUGCUUGGUUUUUCGUGGGCGGUGGUGGAAAAAGGACAUGCCAGUGAGGAAUGCACAGGGACAGGGUAUCGUCGUCUAUUUUUAUCACCCGAACUGCUACUUGUGCACUGUGCCUUGAAUCGUAAAAUGUUUGGCCAUUAUUUCAUAGCAAAUUCCAGCAUCGCCUUGAUGACUGCAUUAUACGUACGAGGCACCAACGAAAGAGCUCGCCAAUACCGUCGUAAUAUCGUCCUUGUUUUCCGUGAUUUGUCAAUGAAAUGUCGUAAGCGUUUCCCGACGCUCGAUACCGUUGCUGCAGCAGGGUUUAUGAUGCCACAUGAGAAAGAGAACUUCGACGGAAUACAGUACAACUAUAACAAGUACUUUUUACCGUUCAAUUGGGCAUGGGCCUUGAUUUAUCGAGCGAGAAAGGAGGGACUAAUUGAGAGCGACUACUACGUGACUAUACUUUCCGAGGAAGUGAAAAAGUUUCGUACUGACUUGGCAUGGUUGUGUAAUUAUGACUGGGUACCGUUGCCGAUGAUUUAUCCGACAAUUGUCUGUCUAGCCGUACACACCUACUUUUUGGUAGGAGUAAUCGCUAGACAAUAUGUCGAAGGUUCAGUUUACGAAAGCGAUAUGGUGAGUGAUUACUGGUAA